UCUGGAGUUGCGAGACGGGAGCGGCUUACGGGACGAGGCUCAUUGAGAGUACAAAAGCCGAGGGGACAUAUGUGUUUUUGAUGCCACAUUCACGCGACAGCUAGGAGAGAGAAACGCGCAGUAGGAAUGGCUGACAUAAGGAAGAAACUUGUCGUGGUGGGCGACGGCGCAUGUGGGAAAACAUGUCUCCUGAUCGUGUUCAGCAAAGACGAGUUCCCCGAGGUGUAUGUCCCCACUGUGUUUGAGACAUACGUGGCGGACAUAGAGGUGGACAACAAGCAAGUCCAGCUGGCUCUGUGGGACACAGCCGGACAGGAGGACUACGACCGGCUGCGCCCUCUCUCCUAUCCGGACACCGAUGUCAUUCUGAUGUGCUUCUCCGUGGACAGCCCGGACUCCUUGGAAAACAUCCCCGAAAAGUGGGUGCCUGAAGUCAAACACUUUUGUCCCAAUGUUCCUAUUAUACUAGUGGCCAACAAGAAAGAUCUGCGCAACGACGAGAACGUAAAGAACGAGCUGUCCCGGUUGAAGCUGGAGCCAGUGAAGGCAGAAGAUGGCCGGGCCAUGGCCAUGCGCAUUGGCGCAUAUGACUAUUUGGAGUGCUCUGCCAAAACCAAGGAGGGGAUCUGGGAGGUAUUCGAGACUGCAACACGGGCAGCUUUACAGAAACGGAAAACACCGUCAGGGAGCUGUCUCAAAUGCUGUGUUUUGAUGUGAAACGACGCUGAUUGAUUGUCUGGAGAGCCGUGACGCGCAGACGUGACGCUUCCCACCGUUGCUGGGAUCUGUGUCUGAACAUGCACGGGCAGUGGCCAUGGUUUGGAUACUCCCAUGUAACCAGGCGACCUUGAUUCAACCAAAACCAAUGACUGCAUACAAGUUGUUUUGAACACACUUGAUGAACAUCUGAUAUCGGGGCGUGUGUGUGUUUGUGUGAAAUGCACUGGUUACAGCAUGUUCUUUGUGGGGUCACAUGAUCCCAGUCUGACAGGUGGAGGGGAGGAGGGAGGACAAACUACAUGUCAGUGGACGCCUUAUUUACCCACCCUUCUAAUCUAACGUGGACAUGUCCUUUCCCAAAGGCCUGCUUUAGAGCCACGGUUUCAAUUGCUCACUUUUUUGUGUGUGUGUGUGUGUGUUUCAAAGUGUUUGCAUAGGCCACUGCCUUACUGCCAAGGUUACAGGCUACUUUGUUAUAAUCAAAGCAGUUAAAAAGUUGCACUCGUUAUUAAUGCCCUCUUUGUAUUGUAACAUGACUGUAUAUAGUUUAUGAUAUUGCACAGCAUCUGGACACUACAGUCAGUCACAGAGAGUUUUAUAAGAAGUACGAUGAGGUUCGGUGCAAGGGAUGCACAUGGUGUUCUGUGUAGUUUCCUCUGGUGUGUUACGCCAUUUUGAAUUAAAACAUGGCUUCAGUUCACAGUUAAAGAAAUCAGUUGUCUCAGGUUUGUUAGUUGGAACCACAUCUAAAAAGUAUGUUAAAUGCCUGGUUUGGUUGUUUUUACGCAACAGGCCAAACACCAUCUAAGGUCUGAGAGAUGACACACUGGCCGGCCUUGAAAAGGGCUGAACAUAUUGUCCUGUGUAGUUUAGCACGUCUUUGUUUUACAGUCAAAUGUACAAAGGUUCACAAGACACGUAUUAAGUUUGCUGAGCAUGCUUCUACCCCGUGUUAUGCUUUGCUGGCGGCUACAGUGACUCCAUUUUGGAGGAAACUCACAAAAGAGGUGCUUUUUUAAUGUAAAACAAGGACAGAAGUCACACAGCCUGUAAAUAGUACAGCCAGCAAAGGCCGAUGGGGUCCUUACAGCUCACCUGAACCAAAUCAUUUGAAGCACAUACAGUAUCUCACCAAGAAAUCUAGACCUUGCUGUGUCUCACAGGCUGGCAUUUCCUGUUUGACAUUUUCCCAUUUAGCCACACAUUCAUUAUACGGUUAUGUGGGUGUUAUUUCCAAGGGAAGAUGGAGCAUGUGAGAUGGGGUUAGCAUGUGAGAGUGAAACAGUUUCUUAGAAAGUGACAUGAAAAGAAGAGCAGGCUGUGUUGGAGCUCUGUGAGUCAGCAGCACACGCUUAUAUGGGGUUAUGGGAGAGUGUGGCAAUUAGAAAAACCUUUUAUGGAAUUUUAUCAAGUGUUAUUGAAACCACAAUCUGUACACAGACAUAAAAUGGUAUCUUUUUUGGCUUCAAAUGUAAAGUUUUCUGACACUGUAAAAAGUUUGUUUCACGAUUGGUUGAGAAACAAACUUUCCAUCUUGAUGUCUUCCAUCAUGACUUUGAAUGUACCUCAGAUUUAUUUGAUUAAAAAGUAUUGUUGGAGCUUUGAAGUGAAUACGCUAAAUCAAUAUAUUGAGCAAAUUUUCCGUACUUAUGUAAUGAAUUCAGCUUGUUUGGCAUGUCUCCACAAAGUGUUUCUUUCUUCAUAGUGGGAGUGCGUGUUAAAAUGACAGCUAUGAACAUCAAUUACAGAGGGUGUUGUAACACUGGGAAUCCAGGGGGGGUGGAUUCACUAUGUGAGUCUUUCUUUUAGUGACAAAAAAGAAGCUUGUUUUAGCUUUAAACAUGUAUUUUUUUCUGUGGUUCAUUAAACAACUACAGUGAGACUAAAUCAGAGUCUAACAGGAGUAUGUUUUAUAAAUCCCAGCAGAGUUACAACGGUGUAAAAGUCACAUUCCUCCCUGCCUUCUGUUGCUGGGCUUUUUGCUGACUUACAGGACAGGAAUGCAUUGUGCUGGACUGGUUAAUUUUCCCACACUGGCCCCCCUCAUGUGCCUCUGAUUUUCAAUGUUGUUAGGUUAUUAUUCACUGAUCAGACAGAGCAGAGCCACUUUGUCCUUACUUUACUUUCCUUUUUGAAGAAUGAAACUGUGGAACCACGCAGAUGAAAAUUGCUGAAAAAAUGUGCCAAACAUAUGUUCCUAAGAGUUGAUCAAAUUACGACUGCGUUAAUGUAGUGACGCAACGUCUAGGUUUCGAAUGGAACAAUGGAAUUUUUUGUGAGGAAGAACAAUUCAGAAUGUAAGGGAACAAGCGGUGCUGUUUUUGGGCAAAGUCAAUAAAAGAAUCAAUGUGUGUCAUCA